AUGACGCGGCAAAAUAUUUCCCAGAGUGUACAGAGAGAUACUACUUCUCUUCAAAAUAUUUCUGUUAAUACACAGAGAAGUGUUUCUCGAAUUAUCAAUCAAAAUAAUACCCUUUCUCCUGACAGACUUCAAGAUAUUCAAAUAAAUAUUACAAAUCGUCAAGAAAAUUGUCAGCAAAUAAUUGCAGAUGAUGAUGCUCUGCGCGAAACUUUUAAAGAUGUUCAAACAAA